GCGACAGUGUGCGACCAGCUCACCCACUGGCCAUUAAAAGACAGGACGACGCCUGCGUCCUUGUCCUUGUAGGAGCGGGACGACGACGACGCCAUUGUGGCCGUGUCCGUGUCGACGCGGCGCGGGGUUCCGGACGAGGGUUCAAGCUCAGGCCAGGCCAAGGGCAGGGCAAGGGCAGAGGAUCCGAUAAGACGUGUGUGUUUGGUUGGGAGAUGGGAUCAAGCGCUGGGAUACAUCGCCGUGGGCAGUAGCAGUCAGUGUCUGCAGAAAAGAACAGAUGGAGGAGAAGGGAAGAAAUGUCACAGCUUGGUCUUGGCCCAACAGUUGCUGUGCAUCGAGAGACGAAGGGAAGGAUCGAACUGGACAGGAUGGCGAGACAACACCAAGAGCGCCAGAAACCUCGGCGCGAUCCGCAUUCAGAGAAAUCCACAGGCGCCAAGCCGUUGACCCGACUGCAUGGCCCCUGCAGCUACGGUGAGCGUCGGUGAGCCACAGGCAGAGCCCAGGUGAACAGGGCCCCACUAAAAAGUUCAACACCAGCCCGUGGCAACAAGCUUCCACCAUUCCAUUUCUCAGAACAUCUCCAAGCUUUGCGUAAUCCACCCAGCACUGCAACUGCACCGUCGUUUCCCUAUCGCAACCAACCCAGCGCAUUUCAGACCUGUUUUAGAAUCCAUAACCAUGGGUGGCGCCGCAGAAAAGGCCCGCUUCUACCUCGAGCGAGCAGCUCCCGAGCUCCGCGAGUUUGAAGAAAAAGAGAUCUUCACCAAGGAGGAAAUUCGCUCCCUCGUCGUCAAACGCUCCGACUACGAGCACCUCAUCCUCUCCCCUGGUACCAAACCAACCGACUUCCUCUCCUACAUCUCCUGGGAAACCUCCCUCGACCGCCUCCGUGCCAAACGCUGCGCCCGCCUCAAAAUCCGCAACUCCUCCUCCCACGCCUCCCAGGCACGCACCUUCAACAUUUUCGAGCGCGCCGUCAACAAGCACCCGGGCUCCCUGCAGCUCUGGUUCGCCUACCUCGACUUCGCCGCCAGUGUCAAGGCCACAAAACGAUGGAACCGCAUCGCUACCCGUGCCAUCCGCCUUCACCCGUCCGAGUCAUCUCUUUGGGCUCUGGCUGGCCGUAGAGCCGCCAAGGCGGGGGAUAUGGAAAAAGCCCGGGCGCAUUACUUGAGAGGGUGCCGGUUUUGCACCACGGAGCCAGACCUUUGGGUGGAGUACGCCAGGUGUGAGAUGGAGUGGCUGCAGAAGAUCGAGGCGAAGAAGGCUGGGAAGGGGGUUAGAAAGGGGGUUAAUCCUGUCGAGGCGAUCAAGGACACGGAAACGCUGCAAGAGGGGGAUGUUAUCGAAUUUGACGAGGAGGAUAGCGAGGAUGAGGACAUGGACGGCGAGUUGAUGCUUCCUGAUCCGGAUGCCGAGGGUGCGGAUGGGAAGCCAAAGAACAAGAAGGUCAUGACAGAGGAGGAGACCAGGAAGAUUGAGCAGAGCCCUGCGCUGAGUGGAGCGAUACCAAUGGCCAUCUUCGACAUAGCACGGAAGCAACAGUUCUUCGGGGCGAGGGCGGCCGAGAUGUUUUUCGACAUGUUUGCGCAGUUUGGCGGGGUGUCAUCGCAGGAGAGGAUUGUGGGGCAUGUGCUGGGUGCGAUGCAGGAGCUGUAUCCUGGCCAUGCUUGCACUGUCAGCUGCGGGAUUAGACAGCCAGUUGUGGGUGUGAACGCGUUGAGUGUGGAGUUCCCCAAGGCGCUCAGGGAAGUGCUGACGAGGCUGAAGAAGGGUCUGGAAGAGACAAACGACAAGAAGGCAUUGGUAGAAAAGAUGGUGAGCUGGUUCGACGGGGUUUUGGCCGUCGAGGGAUUGGACGAGGGGAUUAAGAUCGUGUUGCAGCACACAAAGGGGUCGUUGGAACAGCAGGUUGCGAAUUGAUACCCAGAUAAAAUGAUCAAUGGAAUUACAACUAGAGGUCGAUGUCUUUACCGGGGUAAGGGUCAUGAUUUUCGCGCUCAAACUGUUCUGCC